GGCGGUGCAGUUGGAUCGGUAUCGCUAUCGGUCUAUGUGAUGUGAGUGUUCAAAUCUUGCUGCAUUAUCUCAGCAAUUCGAGUUAUACCAAUAGAGCUAUGCGUAUUGGCAUUAAUAUUUGAAUACAAAAGUUGCAGUGUUGAAAAAGCAGGCUGCGCUUUUCCUGACGCCGCCAACAAAAAAGUAAUCACACCAAUUAUCGAUUUUGCGCCCAUGUGAAAGCGUUGGAAAAGUGUCUGCAAAAUAUUCUAGAAAAUUUAGUUAAUACCCAGCGAUAUAAUGGCAGCCAAGCGGAAUGCAGUGACCACGGAAGCCCCGGAGUCGUCGGCGCCCGGCGAAGGUACCGCCCUCGCCCUGGACUCCCGCCUCUCGAAAAGCGUGGAGAGCGUCAUUCCCAAGAAGCGUCACGAGGCCCUUAAAUGGUUUGGAUGGGGCUACAACGACUCGCAGUUCUAUGGCCAGGAUGGUGUCAUCUGUUUUCGCGGUGAAAGAUAUCCCCUGGGAGGCUGUGAACUGCCCAGCUUCACCAAGUGGGUGGAGAAAAAGUUUGAUCUUCGAGUGGAUCCCACCAAGCCGUAUCCCCAGCUGCCCAGAUCGUAUCCACGCCCAGUGGAAAACGCACCCUUUCUGCGUGAACUGAAGGGCACCACCAAGGUGGAUCACUCCCUGGAGGGAAUCGAUCGGCUGGUGCGAUGUCAUGGCCAAACCCUUAACGAUAUAUACAGCCUGUGGCACCACAAGUUCCAAAGGAUUCCCGAUGUGGUUGUGUGGCCCCGUUGCCACGAUGAAGUGGUUCAGUUGGUUCGCCUGGCCCACAAACACGAUGUGAUGCUGGUGCCUUUUGGUGGAGGAACAAGUGUUUCGGGAGCCAUCACCUGUCCCCAGAACGAGAGUCGGAUGAUCUGCGCCCUGGACACCUCACAGAUGAACAGACUACUAUGGCUGAACCGGGAAAACCUCACAGUUUGCUUUGAGUCCGGCAUUGUGGGUCAGGAUCUGGAGAGGGUGUUGCGAAACGAGGGGCUGACAGUGGGUCACGAACCGGAUUCCUAUGAGUUCAGCACACUGGGCGGCUGGGUGGCCACCCGUGCCUCCGGGAUGAAGAAGAACGUCUAUGGCAACAUUGAAGAUCUGGUGGUGCGAGUCAGGAUGGUCACGCCCUCGGGAACCCUGGAACGUGAAUGCAGUGCACCGCGUGUGAGUUGUGGACCUGAUUUCAAUCACCUUAUCCUGGGAUCCGAGGGCACGCUGGGAGUAAUCACCGAGGUGGUGCUCAAAGUACGUCCCCUGCCGAAGGUAAGGCGUUACGGAUCCUUGGCCUUUCCCGACUUCGAGCAGGGAGUGCUCUUCAUGCGCGAAGUGGCCAGGAGGAGAUGCCAACCUGCCUCUGUUCGGCUGAUGGACAACGAGCAGUUUAUGUUCGGCCAGGCCUUGAAGCCGGAAAAGUCCUGGUGGGCCAGUGUCGUGGAUGGCAUGAAGCAGCGCUACGUUACCUCCUGGAAGGGCAUCGACCUAAACCAGAUCUGUGCCGCCACCCUGCUUUUCGAGGGCGACCUCAAGGAUGUGCAGCGCCAGGAGGCGCUCAUCUACGAGAUCGCCGAAAUGUUCAAGGGAUUUCCGGCGGGUGGACAGAACGGAGAACGCGGCUACAUACUCACCUUUGUGAUUGCCUACAUCAGGGACUUUGGUCUGCAUCAGGGAAUUGUGGCGGAGUCCUUCGAGACAUCAGUGCCUUGGGAUCGAUGUAGUCUGCUCUGCCGUUCUGUUAAGCAGCGUGUGGUUUCUGAGUGCAAGAAACGCAGCAUUAACUUUUACACCAUUUCGGCUAGAGUGACCCAAACAUAUGACGCCGGUGCCUGCAUCUACUUCUACUUUGGAUUCCGCAGCACAGAUGUAUCCGAUCCCGUGGAGCUGUUCGAGGCCAUCGAGCACAGUGCCCGGGAUGAGAUCCUUUCGUGCGGCGGAUCACUGUCCCAUCACCAUGGCGUUGGAAAAAUUCGAAGCCAUUGGUACCGCAAUGCCGUCACCGAAACGGGAAGUUCACUGUACUCCGCUGCCAAGCGGCAUCUCGAUCCAAAGAAUAUCUUUGCUCUGGGUAACCUCCUGCCCCUGGAGGAGGUUCCUUCAAAGGGAGAUUCUCCAACGCCACCGCCACCGCCAUCAUCUUCGUCAUCGACACCACCAAAGGCCAAACUGUAGAGGGUAGCCCACUUGACUGUGCGCUUAGUUCAUUUACUAGUCUUAGUCACUUUACUGAUUUCCUAGUCGCUCUUGGGGGUUUGGGUCUCCAGUUCUUUUGUAGCGGGCUCAUGUUUUCUAUGGGUUUUGAUAAAUAAAUGGAAUAUUUGUAA